UGCGCCUUCACUCGCUCACUUUUACUCAGUUUGAGGAUUCGGCUACAUACAUAAUUUUCGUAUUAUUACCACUAUUCUUAUGACUUCGACAGAAUCGCCGAAUCCUGGGCAUCCUGAAGGAGCCGGAGGAAAAGACACAGGGACCUUCAUCCGGCAGGGAGAAGGCCUGUUAUCUGACGAGUAUGCGUCUAGAAUAGCGUCGUCCCUCGCGAAGAACAACCACAAACGCGUGAAUCUUCACGAUCCAGAUGCUGUAGAAGCAGAGAACACUGCGCGCGCAGAGCGCAAUCUGACAAGAGCUCACCUAAGGAUAGAUGACAACCAUAUCGAAGAUGUUUCGGAUGACGAGCCUAUGCUCGACGAAGCUUCCUCCCCGGAGAAGGACUUCACCACUAAACCCACCAUUCCUGGCUACAUCCUUGAAGCGGUGGACUUCAUAGGGUCGUUAACACCUACCACAAAGAGUAUUCUGGCCGCGCUGACAUCCAAAGGACAAGCGCCGGCUGCCGUUGGUUCAAUGGAAGCCUCCAGUUCCGGAGCCGCUUCUGACGCACCCGUCUUCACUGAAGCGAACACGCGCAUUGUCGACGGCGAAGUAACCGCCUUCGAAAUUCCUCGCGUCCUCUUGAACCUCGUGAGGUCUAAGGUACACAUCCCACUUACAUUACUCACUCUGUCGUCUCUCCGCAAGAUUCACGAGGACCCAGCUAGCGUUAAGAUGAAGAAAGGUCUGGUGACAGACGACCCAAAGUUAUUCGUCAUGGACACCUCCUCUGGUUUUCCUCCGGAGUCGAGCUUACCACCUCAUCUUUUCUACGAAGCUGCCUCCAAUUUCAUCAGAUUGCUUGGGCUGGUCGCCGACGACGCGACGGUGAAGCGUUUCACGGACCACCGUGACUUCUGCCUAUCGAGGGAUGAAUUCGGAGACAAUUUCGAUUCAAUCCUCGCCUUCGACGUGGAAAUUCGCAGGCGCUUUUUCAAUACGCAUACUUUCCCUUCUCGAGCUGCUUAUCUUGAUAGAUGGAAGAACGUGUUAAUCAAGACGUCCCUCUCUCAACAAGGCUCGAGCAGCAAUCGCUACCAACCAUACCCGUCCCGCAAACCAGAAGGUUUUUCGUCGACGAGCGUGUCGAACGACGGAAAGUCCUUUCGGAGGGGCAAGGGAGAACAAUCAUCCGAGCAUCUUCUUUGCGUUAUCUGCGGUAGACUCGGACACAGGGCCAGCAGUUGCACACACAUGCACACUGCAAAGAACGCACCUGUCAUUAGCAUGUGGACUGACAAACUCAUCCUUAAGUCCUCCUCAGCCCCAAUAUGCAUCUCCUUCAACAUCGGAAGGUGUUCACCAACCAAGCACUCGAGUGACAUCGUCCACGUUUGUUCCAUCUGCGGAAGCAAGAGUCAUGGAGCCAAUUCAAAAUCCUGCAUCUGAAGUCUUACGGAAAAUUGUAACGCCUUACGUCCCCAAAGCUUUCGACACUUUCUUGCAGCGCUUCAACCUAUCUGAAAAAUAUCCUGAUAUCGUUUUCAACAUGCAGCACGGUUUUCCCAUCGGAAAUAUCCCACCCCCGACUCGUACUUACAUUCCAAAAAAUCAUAAAUCGGCUUUGGAGCACAUCAAUGUUAUCCGCGCGUAUUGUCACGAGGAAGUGGCCCUUGGAAGAAUGUCCGGCCC